ACUGAUGGGACUUACUACUUUCUGUAAGAAUCACCCCAUUGUAACACGGUCUAAUGUCAGCAGUAUUUCACAGGAUUUCGAAACCGCUGCAGGAGGAAACUUUUUUUGACAUCUCCGUCGAAGGCUCAAUACAACCCGCCCUUCUCUGUUUAGGAUUUGAUCGUAUUGCAGGAAGUCACUCGUAUCCUGUCACCCUUCGGACAGUGUGUGUAUGAGUGUGUAUAUUAAGAAGAACCACCAGUGAAGACAGCUGAUUGCUCCAUCACCGCAAGCCGGGCACCAUGACCAACUACCGGCGUACGGAGAACUUUGUAUUUCUGAGCGGGCUUUAUUCGCUGGUAUUGCUUACAGUUGGUCUGACUAGUGACAGCUCCAGGCAUGAUUCGGCAGAAGGGAGGGAUCUGAAACAUGGCAUGGCACAGCUGGAACGCUACCACACUAUGGUACCACUGCUGCUGGAGGGGAAAGAACAUCGCCCAAUCAGCUGGCUCCACUCCAUGGGCCCUCCUGCUUCACUGCAGAUCCUGAUAGAGGCAGAUGGUCAGCAAUUGAUCCUGUCUCUGGAGAAGAAUGAGGGUUUGUUCAGCAGCAAUUACACUGAAACACACUACAGGGAAGAUGGGCAAACUAUUACUGGCACUCACAGCUCUAAGAUGAACUGCUAUUACCAUGGUGAGGUGCAAGGACACACUCAUUCCGACGUCAGCCUUAGCACUUGCUCUGGUCUCAGGGGUUUCAUCUUAGUUGAAAACAAGAUGCUCAUGAUGGAGCCUGCCUUUGAACCAGCGAACGAUACGCAUGUGGUCUACCGAGGAGAGCAUCUGCGCUUCCCCUCCGGAACCUGUGGCCAUGGACACAACAUAUCCGUUGGGAACCCCGGCAAUAUUAGAGGCCUGCUUCAGUCACCUGGCACCAGGCAUAAAAGAGAUGCGCAGAAGACCACCAAAUAUGUGGAGCUCAUCAUCGUGGCUGACAACAGGGAGUUUCAUAAACAGGGCAAAGAUGUGGAGAAGGUCAAGCAGAGGCUGGCUGAGAUUGCUAAUUAUGUAGACAAGUUUUACAGGGCUUUGAAUAUCCGUGUGGCUCUGGUGGGGUUGGAGGUUUGGAGUGACUCUGAUAAAUGCCCAGUGUCCCAGGACCCAUUUACCACACUGCAUGAGUUUCUGGACUGGAGAAAACUCAAACUGUUGCCACAGAAACCUCAUGACAAUGCCCAGCUUAUCAGUCAUAUUAUGAUCGUUGACUCCUGUGGCAGCGGUGUGUACUUCCAGGGCACCACCAUCGGCAUGGCCCCUAUCAUGAGCAUGUGUACUGCAGAACAGUCCGGAGGCAUCGUCAUGGACCACUCGGUUAACCCACUAGGAGCGGCUGUGACCCUAGCCCAUGAACUGGGCCACAACUUUGGAAUGAACCACGACACUCCAGAGCGGGGGUGUGGCUGCAGGAUGACAGUGGAUCGUGGUGGCUGCAUCAUGACACCCUCCACCGGGUACCCAUUCCCCACAGUAUUCAGCACAUGCAGUAAGAAGGACCUCGCAGCCAGUUUGGAAAAGGGAGUGGGCAUGUGUCUCUACAACAUCCCAGAGGUCAAAGUGCUCUAUGGGGGACAGAAGUGCGGCAACGGUUAUGUGGAGGAAGGCGAGGAGUGCGACUGUGGAGAACCCGAGGAGUGUCUGAACCCCUGCUGUAAUGCUACUACCUGCACUCUCAAAGGAGACGCAGUGUGUGCUCAUGGUCAGUGCUGCACAGACUGCAAGCUGAAGCCUGCUGGAACACCAUGCAGAGAGUCUAGUAACUCCUGUGACCUGCCUGAGUUCUGCACUGGCUCCAGCCCGCACUGCCCUGUGAAUGUCUACCUGCACGAUGGCCACGCGUGCCACAGCAUGGAUGGCUACUGCUAUAAUGGCAUCUGUCAGACCCAUGAGCAACAGUGUAUUACCCUGUGGGGGCCAGGGGCCAAACCAGCCCCUGGUAUCUGCUUUGAAAGGGUGAACUCAGCAGGAGACCCCUAUGGGAACUGUGGAAAAGAUUCUAGAGGCUCUUUUGCCAAAUGUGAAGCGCGGGAUGCUAAGUGUGGGAAAAUUCAGUGCCAGGGGGGUGCCAACAGGCCCGUUAUUGGUACAAAUGCUGUUUCCAUAGAAACCAACAUCCCACUGCAUGAGGGGGGACGUAUUCUAUGUAGAGGGACACACGUGUACCUUGGCGAUGACAUGCCUGACCCAGGACUGGUGCUGGUGGGCACCAAGUGUGCUGAGGGCAUGAUGUGUUUGAACAGACAGUGCCGGAAUGUCAGUGUGUUCGGAGUGCAUGCAUGUUCAGGAAAAUGUCAUGAUAGAGGGGUGUGUAACAACAAGAAGAACUGCCACUGUGAAGCACACUGGGCUCCCCCAUUCUGUGAGACAGUGGGAUUUGGUGGCAGUGUGGACAGUGGACCAAUGAGAUUGGCAGAUGUGGGUGUGUGUGUAUUAACGUGCGUGUUGUCCUAUGUGACGGCAGCCGAUAGAGGGGCCGUUGCCAUGGGCAUGCUGGUCACCGUCCCCUGCCUGCUGGCUGCCAGCCUUCUGGCAUGCCUGAAGAGGAAGUGUCUGGUCCGGCUGCUCUUCGCCAACAAGAAGAGCGCCAUUCAGAAGCUCAGGUCAGUGGGAUGGAGUAGAGCACCCAGAGCACCACAGUCACAACCCAUGUGCCAAAGCUCUCCCCAGCACAAGUCCCCAUCCAGAGCUGCUGGAUCUAGAUUAGACAAGCCAUCUCAUCUCAGUGCAGUGCCUCUUCUGCCUCCUCCCAACAUUCAUUCUCACAGUCUGCGACAACUGCCACAGUGCCCUCCUGUGUGCCAGCCUAUCCACAUAAGCCAACCCAUGCCCAACAAGCUGGGUGUAGGUGUGGCUACUGGACUAGAGGCCCUGCCCUCUGUACCAGCCCACAGGCCUCUACCCUCUCUCACUCAUUCAGCAAUCAGAGCAUCCCCUUUCCUCCAGCUACCCUACAAGGCUAACCAGGUAUGCGCACAGGACCAUGAGAAGCCCAGUCCCCCCAAGAAACCAUUGCCUGCAGACCCCCUCAUUAGAGGUUGCAGGGUGAGUCGCAACACUUCAGCAGUUGGAGUGCAGACACAAGGACCUGGGCCCCUGCCUAUUCCAAUCCCAGCAGUACCACAACCAACUGCUAUACCACAACCAGGCAGACCCCCUCUGAGACUACCACAGUCUCUAUAUGAGCGCUGACAAGAGAUCCCGAGAAAAUGUGGAUGAAUUCCACCAGCGUUUAAAAUCAUUUGCAUUCUUUUGCACUAUGAAAUCUCUGCUGGACCCACUGGUCACUCCUGUGGAAUUCCUUAGAGUGUCUCUGAGACGCAGAGAGAAAGGAACUGAGCAAAUGCUUUGGUGCUGUGCCUCAGAAAAAGUGCUCAGUGUCCUCACUCAGGUACUUGUAGAACUAUUUAAGAUGUAUAUUUAUUGUCUUAAGAACACAUUGCACUGUGGUCAACACGUUUUGUAUGGUAGCUUUAUUGUGAAAUUUUGAUUACAUGACCUUUUUUUAUACUAUGGACACUUCCAAAUCCAGAAACGAAUUGCUUCUAAUUCAUGCUUUGGUACUUUUUCUUUUAAAUGUAACAUAUUUACUGGAAAAAGAACCUGUGAAGUUCUUUGCCUAAAGUUCUUUGGGUGCUGUAAUCAAAUAAAAUUAAGCCCAUAUAAACUUAGAAACUGCAACUUGAAUAUGAAAUAUAAAUACACUUAAAGUAGCUUAUAGUGGAUACACUCAAAAUUGCAGACACAAACAUCAUUUGACUGAUGCAAAUUUGAGAAAAAACAUGAUUAAAAUAAUUUACUAAUUGUGUUUACACUGUAUCAACAAACCACCAUGAUACUGAAAUACCUGUAUGUUCUGCGCACUGUAUAAAGCAGUUAUAAGUGAACUAAAAACCUAGAGACGUUUACUGAUCAUUAUAAAACUGUAGAUUUUUAGACAAUGUAUAAUUUCCAAAAAUCUUAAAUCCACCAAGUUUAUGUUGUCCUUUUGCUCAAAUCUGUAUGGGACGUUCAUAGUUCAGAAACAAAACCAUUAGGUAUCAGAUUACAGGAUAUUAAGCAGAUAAAAAGAUAACCUUUAUAAUAAGUAAUAUAGUUUCAUUAAACUAUGAACAAAGGAAGUUCCUUCACCAUUCAAAGUUCAUUAUUACAGGAUAAUUUGUACUGUAUUUUUUGCUGAGGGUUCCCAAAUACCCAGGCUGGGUCUUCUUUCAUACUAUACUAUUGAACUGAUUUGAAAUGUUAGUGAACACAUGCACAUGCUUUUGCAUCAGCUCUUGAGAUCUCCACUGCCCAAAUCAUGGCUCUACCAGUAAGCCCUACAGAUUCACAGCUGUAUUCAUGACAUGUAAUCCUAAUUGUUGAUCUACUUCAAAAACAGUUACAUAUGUAAGAUAUUCAACAGGAGUUGGCUACAAGGUAAACAUUUGUCCUGGCACAUAUCACAGUCACUAAUAUUUUUUUUAAAUGUCAUUUAUUUGUUUUUAUGUAUGUAUGUAUGUAUGUGUGUGUGUGUGUGCUUG